AUGGUGACAGACAAUGGGACCCAGUUCAACAAUGCUGAGUUUAAGAGUUAUUGUGAGGAUUACUCGAUUGAACUACGCUUUACCUCGGUUGCUCAUCCUCAAGCUAACGGACAAGCUGAGGUGGCUAACAGGAUAAUCCUUGAUGGACUGAAAAAGAGAGUUGAGAAGGCCCAAGGGUCAUGGGCCGAGGAGCUGCUCCCAAUACUUUGGGAAUAUCGGACGACUUGUAAAGUCUCUACCGGAACAACCCCAUUCCAGUUGGCUUAUGGAGCUGAGGCAGUUGUACCCCUAGAAAUCACACAUACUUCCUCGAGGGUCCAGCAGUAUGAGCCAAAAACCAAUGAGGAACGCAUGAGAAUUGCACUCGAUAUGAUUGAUGAAAUCCGCGAUGGGGCUCAUGCUAAGAUUGUGGAAAACCAAAAGCGAGCUUCCUACUAUUACAACCUACGAGUUAAAGAACGAUACUUUCGAGAAGGAGAUCUAGUACUUAGAAAGGUUGAGGCCUCUGGAGUAGGCCCCAAGGGCAAGAUGGCUCCAAACUGGGAAGCCCCCUAUCAAAUUAAGACUUUUACGGGCCAUGGCUCAUACAAGCUUCAGACCCUUGAAGGAAUUGAAGUCCCAAGAAGUUGGCACGCGACCAACCUGAAGAUAUAUUAUGUUUGA